AUGAGUAGUGGGUAUUCCUCAGCACCAAGUGUGUCGCACACAUCCAGCGAAGCCGACUUGAAUCGAAUCGAGAGUUAUGAAGAUGGAGUCGACGAGGAGGCUUCAGAUGAACAGCGAAUGUGUGGUUUGAGCGAGCUCGUCACAUCAUGUCUCACAUCGUCAAAGUCAUCACGCCAGAAGGAUAGUUUUGAAGAUGACGAUGACGUUCCCAUAGAGAUUGUUGGAACUUUGAAAAAGUCCAAAUCCAAAAAGAAGAAGCAGUGCCCUCCUAAUAUUACCAUAGAGAAGAAGAACGGCAAUUCGUCACCUUUCCUAAAGUCAAGUCAGUUUACUGAUGUACCACCAACGAUACGAUUCUACACAAAAGGAACUAAAGUAACAAAACCUGCUAGAAAAAUUCAGUCCCGGUUGACAUGGUGUCAUAAUAGCCUUCUACCGAUUGUGAUGCGACAAACUUUAUCUGCAAGUCAUUUCACAAUUGUUGAUGAGUCACUUUUCCAUAUCGGAUACUGGGGACGUCAUCUAAAGUCAGCCCAGUAUAAAGCUCUCCAACCACAUCAAAAAGUGAAUCAUUUCCCGGGAGCAUUUCACAUCGGAAGAAAAGAUCGUCUAUGGAUGCACAUUCGAAAUCGACUGGAACAUUUCGGAGAAGAAUUCGAAAUCAUGCCGUUCACCUACAUCCUUCCAACGGACAGACAAGAACUAUUGAAGUAUUUGGAAACUGAUGUGAAUAGACAUGUUAUUAUCAAACCGCCAGCAUCAGCCAGAGGGUCAGGGAUUACUGUAACUCGAAAACCGAAAGACUUCCCAACAACGGCUACAUUGGUUGCUCAACAUUAUAUCGAGCGUCCAUUAACUAUCAAUCGUGCCAAAUUCGAUCUCCGUCUUUACGCCUAUGUACCCACAUUUGAACCACUCCGUGUGUAUAUCUAUGAUCAAGGACUGGUCAGGUUUGCCAGUGUUCCAUACAACCCAUCCGUUACAAACAUCUCAAACAAAUACAUGCAUCUCACCAACUACAGUAUAAACAAAUUGGCAGAAGCAGAUGGUAUUGCCAAUAAACCAGUGCCUAAAUGGGCUCUUCAUCAACUUUGGGAUUAUUUCGAUCAAAUGGGAGUGAAUAGUCAGAAAAUCCAAAAGGAGAUUGAAGACGUCAUUGUGAAGGCGUUCAUUUCUUGCGAAAAGCCUAUCAGAGAGCACAUGUCGCGAUUUUUGGAACAAGAAUUCAUUUGCUACGAAUUGUUCGGAAUCGACAUUAUUCUUGAUGAAGAUUAUAAACCAUGGCUUUUGGAAGUCAACAUUUCGCCAUCCCUUCAUUCGGGAACCUCGUUGGAUGUGUCUGUGAAGGCUCCACUUGCUAAAGAUGUAUUAAAUUUGGCUGGUAUACAUGUUCCUCCUAGUUUCGAUAAGCUCCACACAGCGGAUUAUAGCUGUCGUCCACGAAACGGCACUAAAACAAGAGAGCAAUUGGUUAAAGAAGCAUCAUGGGUAGCAGCGUAUAGAGAUCAACACGGAGCCAUUGACAAUCGGAUUUUCAAACGGCUGACUCCUGAAGACACACGAGCGUUGGUGGAAUUUGAAGAUGAGCUGGAUAGAAUCGGAGAUUUCAAAUUGGUGUUUCCAACAGCUCAAACUGCUCAUUAUCAGAAAUUCUUUGCCGAACCAAUCUACAUGAAUAUUCUGCUUCAACAAUGGCAAAUUGCACAGGAAGGUGAUCGGUCUAUUGGAAUCGAUCGUCUCGAACAACUGUGUCGUCAAAAACACAUGCAAUCAGAUCAGGAAAUUUCAUUCUAA